AUCCGGUGGUUUUGAUAACUCGUGUGAACAGAACCCUAGACGGAAUAGCUCACUGCCCUUGCUCCGACUUUGCUACUGUCUCGCCCAGCUACCGAAUUAGUAUUACACGGUUUCGCUUGUUGCCUAGUUUUCGAUCGGGGUCGGUGUGACGCCUUUCGGAGGGAAGAAUCGGUCCUCUGCUGCUGAUGCGGCUUCGAGGCUGAAUCCUCAAGCCUGGAGCCACUUAUUGCGCAUUUCCACAUACAAUACUGUGUAGCAAUCGGAGAGAAAGGUUUCGUCUUUCUUCUGUGAGUGUGCGUUUUCUGGGAGGUGGAUUUGGCGUGCAAGUGCAGAGGGUGAGUUGCGUGAGUCCUCGUGAUGGAUGGGUUUUUCAACGCCUUCAAGAGCUCGGGACUUGUGAAAGUGGUGCAGGAUGUGGCUGAGGAUGCUCUUCACGUGAACCGUGACGGGAAAGUAGGGAAUGUUGACUCAAAGUCACGUUCCUACGAUUCUUCCUCCACGGAUUGGCCAACUCCAGGAGAAUCUGAAGCUGAUGAAACCCGCUAUUCCCGUCAUUCACGCAAUGAUGAUGACCAGUCUUCGCAAUCAUCAUGGGGACAGCCGGCUCGCAACGGACAAGACGAGUCAUCGGAAUCUAAUUGGCAGCGUCCACGUCCAACUCGCAACGAAGAGGACGAGACUUCUCAACCUGAGUGGCGCCGCCCACGUCCAGGAAGGGACGAAGAGGAUCAAGAAACGCAACCUAAGUGGGGCUCUUCUCGUCCAGAACGUGAGGACAACCGGCCUUCUGAAGGCAGCUGGGCUAAGGUUGCAUCUACUCACGGAGAUGACAACCAAGACGACGGCUGGCAGACUGCAGGUCGCACACGUGCCGGAGGGCGUCAACAUCGUCCUCACAUACGACCAAGUGAGGAGCAAUUUAACGAGUAUCAGCGCGAUCCCAGUGAGCAGAAUUACGCCGAGGAAGCUUCUGUUGACAUCGAGCCAACGGAAGAGGAAUUGAACGACCUCUCAGUUGCUGCAAACCGUCUCUGGGAUCUUGAUCUCAACAGACUAGUACCUGGCCAAGACUACGAGAUUGAUUGUGGGGAAGGAAAGAAGUUGUACAACAAGGAAGACAUGAGCGUAAAUUCACUGUUCAAGUUUAUGGACAAGGGUGUGUUCAAGCGUCCCACAUUUGCCCGUUUCUACCAACUCUUGGAUAACUACAACUCCGAUGAGUCGAAGCGCGAGGAGAUGUCUGCAGCAGAGGAGCGAGAGCAGAUGGUCUUCCUUGAAGAGAUCAGUCGUACCGCUCCUAUCAAGUAUCUGUUGCGCUACCUCGCCGAAAAGAGGAUUGUGUCUAACAGUAUGGAGGAAUUCAAGCAGAUAUUCCGCAACCUGUGGUUUGAAUUCUAUAACCGCGGUGGCACACAAGAUUCUUCUUCUGCUUUCGAGCAUGUGUUCGUAGGAGAAGUCAAACGCCGAGGAGAAGUCUCAGGAUUCCACAACUGGAUUCAGUUUUAUAUGAAGGAGGCCAAGGGAACUGUAGAUUACCAAGGGUAUAUUUUUCCGCGGCGGCGUGGAGGAGAUUUGCCGGACUCACAAUCACAACUGAUGACGAUCCAAUUUGACUGGAACGGUGUGCGGAAGGAACAAAGCAGUGUCAUGAUCGGCGUCAGCCCAGAAUUCGAGCUGGCGUUGUAUACUUUGUGCUUCUUCUGUGGGCAGGAAGAAAAUCACGUAAACUUGGGGCCUUACAGAGUUAACGUUAAGUGCUACCACAUAGGCGAAGACAGGAUUGGUUCCGUCUUCCCGAUUGCUCUAGACUAAGUCUUCUGUCUUUGCAGUUUGUAUGUAGAGUCUGUUUGCAGAGGAGCUGCUGGUUGCUCUUUCCUUUUUCACUGAUUUUCACGUUUCUGGAAGGGCCUUUAAGAGUGUAGAUUUUGUUGGCCAAGAGUAUGAUCAAGAAGUUGAACCAACACUGAUGCCCCACAAGAAGGAACUUGCUUUUUGGCAUCAGAGUCGUCUCGCCAAAAAUGUAGAAAACUCAGGGUCGCUCUGUAAAAGACUGGUAUCCAGAUUGUCAGAGUUAUUGACAUUCAUAAACUUCAAAUGCUUGUUUCUUCAAUUGAAGAAACAACAAAACUUGAAGAGCUUCACUCAAUUUUAUUUAUCACAUAUUCCCCAACA